AUGACUCAGUCGUUAAAGCGUCGAUUUCUCUGUCAGACCAAAGAUCGUUCUGUAAGACUGGGGGAUGCUACAUCAUUUGGAAGAGGCAGACUGGAAUACCUGGAUGAAAACGAAGGUUGGGGAACUGUGUGCAACCAGGCCUGGACCCAAUCAGACAGCACAGUAGCAUGUAAUCAUCUGGGAUUCAAUCCUCUUAGCGCCUAUGAUGCCUUCCCCGCCUCUGGAGGAGACGACCUGCCGAUAGUGCUUGGAGGCCUUCGAUGUUCCCAUCAAACUAGAUUAGAUGAAUGUGAGAGGGAUUAUGACUGGACACCUGAUAGCUGUAUGCAUUCGCAGGACGUUGGGGUACAAUGCAAGCCCCCUGUGGGCAUGAGGUUACUGACAGAAUACAAUUUCGCAGGUAUACCUUCUGUAUAUUAUGGACGAACCUGGGGAUUAUUCUGCUCAGACAAUUGGAACAUCAACGCAGCUCGUAUAUUCUGCAUUAACUAUGGUUUUCAAGAUGCAGUAUCGAUAUUUGACCUGAUAGGAGAUCCAGCGACUCUACCGAGUACGAUUGUGAACACAAUCAGCUGUACAGGAGACGAAGAAUACUUCACCGAUUGUCCUCAGAUAGAAUGGGCCUAUCAUGGAGAAUGCAGCCAGAACACUCGACUCGGUGUUGUGUGUCAAGUGGGGAAAAAAUCACUUAGCAUCGUCAACCCGAAUCCUGAUUACCCUGAAUACGGUCGAGUAGAAGUGACCGUCAACAAAUUGUUCAAAGGUACCAUCUGUAACAAGACGUGGGACCAGGCUGCAGCUAAUGUGGUCUGUCGUGAUCUUGGUUUUAAGCGAGGAGCGCAAAGGUUCUUCACCAUCGGAGGAGAGGAUAAAGGAGACAUAUUCGACAGCGUACACUGCACUGGGGAUGAAGACAGUUUUAGCGAUUGUCGGAGUGAGUUGGUCCCAGAAUCACGUUCGGACUGCAAUCACACUCAAGACGCUGGCGUCGAAUGUGUCGCAAACGACGACACAUUGAUUGUCUUCUUAAGAGGUGCAGGUUCCUAUGAGGGCUUGGUGUAUUACCGAGUAGAGGAUCGACGUGCUUUGAUAUGUGAUCAGACAUGGACUGACAAGGAAGCCGCUGUGGCAUGUCGUAUGCAGGGAUACGAAUGUGGUACAGCAACCAAAGUAGUCGAUCUAGGACCAGAAGUUUCUACUAAUAUCUUACAAUGGGAUAUUGUGUGUAAUGGCAAUGAAGAAAGACUAAAAGACUGUACUGUGACAAAAAGAGACAACCCGACCUCAUGCACUCCUGAAAACAUUGCUCAGGUUAGAUGCGGACCAAAGGAAGGUAAAUGGGCACCCGGCAAGAAUUAA